AUGGCCUCUCUCCGCACCACUUCUCGGCUCUUCGCUGCGUCGCGGCCUCUGUUCCGACCGGCCAGCUUUGCUCGCACCUAUGCGACCGUCGACAGCAAUGUCUCCGAGACUCCCAAGAUGAAGACCUUCAAGAUCUACCGCUGGAACCCGGAUACCCCGACUGAGAAGCCCACCAUGCAGUCCUACGAGCUUGAUCUGAACAAAACCGGUCCCAUGAUGCUGGACGCUCUCAUUCGCAUUAAGAACGAGCUCGACCCAACUCUGACCUUCCGCCGAUCCUGCCGUGAGGGUAUCUGCGGUUCCUGCGCCAUGAACAUUGACGGUGUCAACACCUUGGCCUGCUUGUGCCGUAUUCCCACCGAGACCACCAAGGAGUCUCGCAUCUAUCCUUUGCCCCACACCUACGUCGUCAAGGAUCUCGUACCGGAUUUGACUCUCUUCUACAAGCAAUACAAGUCCAUCAAGCCUUACCUGCAGCGUGACACCCCCACUGCUGAUGGUCUUGAGAACCGCCAGAGCCCCGAGGACCGCCGAAAGCUCGACGGUCUGUAUGAGUGCAUUCUGUGCGCUUGCUGCUCGACCUCUUGCCCUUCGUACUGGUGGAACCAGGAGGAGUACCUUGGACCCGCCAUCCUCCUCCAGUCCUACCGCUGGCUGGUCGAUUCUCGUGACGAGAAGACCGCCGAACGCAAGGCUGCCCUCGACAACAGCAUGAGCGUGUACCGCUGCCACACCAUCCUGAACUGCACGCGGACUUGCCCCAAGGGUCUGAACCCUGGUCGUGCCAUCGCGGAGACCAAGAAGAUGCUCGCCGCUUAG